AAUAUUCAGUGGCAAUAGCAAAACCAAUCGAUAUCCCACACAACCCUGAUAAUUGUGCAAAGAAAAGGCGAAAAAAGAGAAAUUUAUAGAAAAAGUUCAAGUACUUUUCGAGUGAAUUGGUUUUAACGCAUACCGCUAUUAUAAACAAAGAGCUGCACAAUGACGUGGGAACCACAAGGAGACGGUCUGCAGCAGAUCAUUGCGAUCUUGAAAGAAUCUCAAUCCCCGGACACAGCGACCCAAAUGGCCGUACAAAUGAAACUGGAGGAAUUCAAUCGGUAUCCAGACUUCAACAAUUAUCUCAUCUACGUGCUGACAAAACUAAAAACAGAAGACGAGCCGACACGGUCGCUGAGCGGCCUAAUCCUAAAGAACAACAUCCGCAUGCAUGGCAGCACUCUGCAGCCGGAGAUCGUCGAGUAUAUCAAACACGAAUGCCUGCAGGCUGUGGGCGAUACCUCGCCCCUGAUUCGGGCCACAGUUGGCAUACUGAUCACGACGAUUGCCAGCAAUGGAGGCUUGCACAACUGGCCCCAGUUGCUGCCGUCGCUCUGUGAGAUGCUCGAUAAUCCAGACUUCAAUGUGUGCGAGGGUGCAUUCAGUGCUCUGCAGAAGAUAUGCGAAGAUUCCGCCGAGAUCCUGGACUCGGCUGCCCUGAACAGACCCCUGAACGUGAUGAUUCCCAAGUUCUUGCAGUACUUCAAGCACACCAGCCCCAAGAUCCGUUCCCAUGCCAUCGCUUGCAUCAAUCAAUUCAUCAUUAAUCGCUCUCAGGCGCUGAUGAUCAACAUCGACUCCUUCAUUGAGAAUCUGUUUCACUUGUCGUCCGAUGAGGAUCACGAGGUGCGCAAGAACGUUUGCCACGGACUCGUCAUGCUGCUCGAGGUGCGCAUGGAUCGAUUGAUGCCGCACAUGUCGCAGAUAAUCGAGUACAUGCUUCUGCGCACCCAAGACUCCGAUGAAGGUGUGGCCCUGGAGGCAUCUGAGUUUUGGUUGUCGCUCGCCGAACAGAGUAUCUGCAAAGAUGUUUUGGCCCCCUAUUUGGCGCAGCUGGCGCCCAUACUGGUGCGCGGCAUGAGGUACUCGGAGAUUGAUAUUAUCCUGCUCAAGGGAAAUGUGGAGGAGGAUGACAUGGUGCCGGAUCGCGAGGAGGAUAUACGCCCACGAUUCCACAAGUCCCGCACACACACAAUCAAGAGCGGCCAGGAGGCGGGCGGCGGCCAGGCCGGUGCCGCCGGCGAGGAUGACGACGAGGAUUACGAUGAUGGCCUGGACGAUGACAGCUCUCUAUCGGAGUGGAAUCUGCGUAAGUGCAGUGCGGCCGCUCUGGACGUCCUGGCGAAUGUGUUCCGCGAGGAUUGUCUGCCCAUUGUGCUGCCCAUCCUGAAGGAGACGCUCUUCCACCAGGAGUGGGUGAUCAAGGAGAGUGGCGUCCUGGCCCUGGGCGCCAUUGCCGAGGGCUGCAUGCAGGGAAUGAUUCAACAUUUGCCGGAGCUGAUUCCGUACCUCAUCAGCUGUCUGUCCGACAAGAAGGCCCUGGUGCGCUCCAUCACCUGCUGGACGCUCUCGCGGUACGCCAAUUGGGUGGUCAACCAGCCGCACGAUCAAUACUUGAAGCCCCUGAUGGAGGAGCUGCUCAAGCGCAUCCUCGACUCGAACAAGCGCGUGCAGGAGGCCGCCUGUUCGGCCUUUGCUACCCUCGAGGAGGAGGCCUGCACGGAGCUGGUCCCCUAUCUGGAGUACAUCCUCAAGACGCUCGUCUUUGCCUUCUCCAAGUACCAGCACAAGAAUCUGCUGAUCCUGUACGAUGCCGUAGGCACCCUGGCCGACUCGGUGGGCCAUCAUCUCAAUAAGUCGCAGUACAUUGACAUUCUGAUGCCGCCUCUGAUCGACAAGUGGAAUCUGCUGAAGGACGAUGACAAGGACCUGUUCCCACUCCUAGAAUGCCUCUCGAGCAUUGCCACAGCCCUGCAAUCCGGCUUUCUGCCCUACUGCGAUCCGGUGUACAGACGCUGCAUAUCCCUGAUUGAGCAGACUAUUAACCAGGAAAUGCUGUGCAAACAGAGCCAGACAUUCGAUCAUCCGGACAAGGAGCGCAUGAUUGUGGCAUUGGAUCUGCUGUCGGGCCUCGCCGAGGGCCUGGAUCGUCACAUUGAGACACUGGUGGCGAACAGUAACAUCAUGCAUCUGCUCUAUCAGUGCAUGCAAGAUGUGCUCCCAGAGGUGCGCCAAUCGUCGUUUGCACUGCUGGGGGAUCUAACCAAGGCCUGUUUCCCCCACGUGCAUCCCUUUAUGGCCGAGUUCUUUCCCAUUUUGGGCCAAAAUCUGAAUCCCGACUUCAUUUCGGUGUGCAAUAAUGCCACAUGGGCCAUAGGAGAGAUAUGCAUGAAAUUGGGCGAGGAAACAAAGCAGUACAUACAUCUUGUACUCAGCGAUCUGUUCGUUAUAAUCAAUCGCCCGAAUACGCCCAAGACACUGCUGGAGAACACAGCAAUAACAAUCGGUCGUCUAGGUUAUGUGUGCCCGGUUGAAGUGGCUCCUUAUUUGCCCGAAUUUGUGCGACAGUGGUGCACAUCGUUGCGACACAUCCGGGACAAUGAUGAGAAGGACUCGGCCUUUCGUGGCAUGUGUAAUAUGAUCACGGUGAAUCCAGCUGGCGUGGUGCCCGACUUCAUAUUCUUCUGCGAUGCCAUUGCCUCGUGGGUGAAUCCACCACAAGAUCUGCACCAGAUGAUCCAGAAGAUUCUCCAUGGCUUCAAGACACAGGUGGGUGAGGAAAAUUGGCGUAGAUUUGUGGAACAAUUCCCGACAACACUGGCCGAGCGCCUGGUCACCAUGUACAACAUCUAAGCAGCCCACAUCAGCCAGCGGAAUGCAGAGCAGAGCAGAGCAGAGCGGAGCAGACAGGAGACAGAGUUCUAAAACUAGACAAUUAUGUACAAGCAUGCGUCGUAGCAACGUUCAUGGCUUCGUCUUAAUCUUUAACACAGCCCUAAGUUAUCCGAUUCGAUGCUGUUCGAAUGUUACGUUAAUUAAUUGAAAUUGAAAACAGCAAAAGAAAAGAAAAAAACACACAUAAAACCACAUAACCAUAUGCAUAACCACAUAUACUAUAUCGAUAUAUCUUAUAGAGAUUGAGCUAGAUAUCCAGCAUGCAUGCAUAUAUCCAAAAAAAAAAACAAAAAGAAAAAGGAAAAAAAGAUUAGCAGAUCCUAGAUCUGGCCAAGAGCUUCUUUAGGCAGUCUGUCCUGUCCUGUCCUGUCCUCUCCUGUCCGUCUGUUUAGAUCAAGUAUCAAUAGAAAACAACAAAAGUAUAUCCAUAGAUGAAAUUAUGUGUUCCGGACGUACUUAACCGGAUCCAAGUGCUAUAGAACAUAUUCAACCCAAAAACCCAACAACCCAACCGCCCAACAGCCCAACAAU